AUGGAGGCGGUAAGCAAGAAGAGGGAUAAAAGAGCUGUGAGACUGUCAGCACUGGCCACAAAGAUGUCUGGGGGGAGAAGCUUCUCUCAUGUGAAGGAGACCCAGGCAGAGGGUGAACUCUGCUUUCCUCAGCUUAACUCCUCUUGCAGGAAGCCUACACAUCCUCAAACUGAGGCCAUGCUGAUUUAUGUCCUGCUGUCCAUUAUUUCUGCGCUCACCAUGGCUCUUAAUCUGUUGGUCAUCAUCUCCAUCUCCCACUUCAGGCAGCUCCACACCCCCACCAACCAAAUCCUCCUGUCUCUGGCUGUCUCUGACCUCCUUGUGGGCCUUGUGAUGAUGCCGGUUGAAAUCAAGUACAUAGAGGCCUGCUGGUUUCUCGGUGACUUUAUGUGCACUCUGUAUUAUGUGUUGGAUUACGUCAUUACCUCUGCCUCAGUUGCAAACAUGGUUCUCAUAUCAAUUGACCGCUAUAUAGCUAUUUGUGACCCUCUGCAUUAUACCACUAGAGUGACUAAGGAAAGAGUACAAGGCUGUGUCUGUUUGUGUUGGAUUUGUUCUGUUAUCUUCAGGAUUCUUCUUCUGCAGGAUCACCUGGCACAACCAGGCAGGUCCAACUCCUGUUUCGGAGAGUGUGUGGUUGUCAUUAAUUACAUUGCAGGAGUUGUUGACCUUGUUUUCACCUUCAUCAUGCCCAUUUCUGUCAUCAUAUUUUUGUAUAUGAAAUUGUUGGUGGUGGCUGUGUCUCAGGCUCGUGCCAUGCGCUCUCACAUUGCAGUGGUGGCAGCUCAACGCUCAGGACCACUUACUGUGAAGAAAACAGAGCUGAAAGCUGCCAGGACUCUCGGUCUUGUUGUCGUCGUGUUUCUGUUUUGUUUCUGUCCUUACUAUUACCCCGUGUUGGCAGGACAAGAUACUUCAGUGGAUGCUUCAUCUGCAUCCGCUGAGAUCUGGUUGGCACAUUUUAACUCCUGUUUAAACCCUGUCAUAUAUGCUUUAUUCUACCCCUGGUUCAGAAAGUCCAUCAAACAUAUUCUGACCCUUAAGAUAUUGAAGCCUGGCUCACGUGAUGUUAAAAUACUUUAA